CACUCAGGGGCGGACUGACCAUUUGGAAACUCGGGCACUGCCCGAGGGCCUGGGGUCAGUAGGGGGCCCCAUGAGAUGCCCCUGGUACCUUUUUCAUAGGCUUUUUUGAGUUUGGGCAAGGACACAGGGGCCCCAUGAUCCCCUAUUGCCCGGGGCCCCAUGAGUUGUCAGUCCACCCCUGCAUUCACUGCCACAUUGCACAUUGCGUGUAUGGAUUAGUGUGUGGUGAUGAAGCUUCUUGGGCCCCAUGAGUUGUCAGUCU